UUUUUUGUUUAAUUACAUUACUUGCAUCAAAAAAGAACACACAACAUAUUUUCGGCCAACUAAAUUUUCACUUACGUUUCGUAAUGGCAGGCCAGGAAAUAAACAUCAAUCGUAUUUGGAAUUGAAAAUUAAAACAAACAAUUAAAUCAAUCAAACAGUUAAUCUGUUUAACAAUCAAUAAAUUCAAUCGUCAAUUAUCAUGGCAUUGACACAAUACGAGCUUAAUUUGGAACCACAAUUACCAGAAGAAUUUAAAAGGAUUGCUGCAGAAAGGGGGGAAUGUGAAGAGACUAAAACUCAAAAUAUUGAAGAAUUUCGUCGAUACAUAUUAGAACACAAUGAUUGUAAGCCGCAUCGAAUCGAUGAUGAAUAUUUAAUAAAAUUUUUAAGAGCUCGUUUUUGGAAAAUAUCCAGCAGCUAUCGUUUGAUAUGCAAUUAUUAUAAGUUCCGGGAGCAAAACUUAUCAUAUUAUGAAACAGUUCGUCCCUUAGAUUACAAAUACAUAGGCGACUCUGAUAUUAUCAGCGUUACACCCUACAGAGAUCAAUAUGGCCACCGUAUAUUAAUAUACCGUUUUGGUAAUUGGAAGCCCGAUGAGAUCAGUAUAGAUGUUUUAUUUCGCGUAUCGGUUAUUCUGCUGGAGUUGGGUUCCCUUGAGCCUAUAAGCCAGGUUGUAGGUGGUGUUGGUAUUUAUGACUUGCAAAAUCUAACAUUAAGCCAAAUUGUACAUUUGAGUCCUAGUUAUGCACAAAAAAUUAUUGCCUUACUUGUGACUUCCAUGCCAAUCUCAACGUCAGCUUUACAUAUUGUCAACCCUAAUUGGACUUUCAAGGCCGCCUUCAAACUGUUUACCCCUUUUUUGAAUGCUGCAAUGCGUGAAAGGCUGUUUAUUCAUUCCGAUAUGGAAUCAUUACAUGAACAUAUAAGCCCCGAACAUCUACCAAAGAGAUAUGGAGGUUUUCAUGAAGAGCAUUCUCCUAGUCGGUGGUUUGAUAAUAUGAGGAAUAACGAAAAAGUGCAAAAUGAAUUAAAACAACUAGGUUACAUCUUUUGAAAUGCUAGGCUACAUCUUUUG